AUGGAUCUUUCGGAUCGAUCUGACGAUGAUUCCAGUAGCGACGAAAGUUCUGUACCUUGUAAACGUCCACGUACAGAUACUUAUGGUGCCUCCUCAACAACUUCUCAUGGUUCAGCUUUGCAAGAUUCUGAUGAAGAUUCCCCAGAAAGACAAUCUACUCAUAUUGAGGAAAGGGGCAAAACUAGAAGCUAUACUGAAAAUAGCCCCGAGAGAGUAACUAGAUUGAGUAGAAGCAGUUUAAGUGAAAAUUGUUCUUCCCCUAAUGAACAUUAUGAUGACUUUCGGCCUGGCUUUAAAGACGUGGAAGGAGAAGAAGAUUCUGUUCGUUCAAGCUUCCAAAUGUCAAAUGAAAAUGCCUUUUAUAACAAAACAUCAGAAGAUUACAAUGAAUCUAAUGCAUAUAAUAGUGAAUAUUCUGAAAUAUCUAAAAAAAUAAUGAGCAGUAUGGGUCACAAGCCUGGAAAAGGUUUGGGUAAAUUUGAGCAUGGUAGAGUGGAGCCUGUAGAAGCUUCUACCCAAAAAGGUCGUAGAGGUUUGGGCUUAAAACCCUCCAUUGUUGGGGAGGUGCCACAAGAUUUUAAAUGGUCACCUGAUGAAUCUACUCCUGAAGCUAAAGAGGAAGUUGCUUGGAUGCCUUCUCCACCAGAUGAAACACUUUCUAUAGACAUUUUAGAGAAAUGGUUAAAGCAAGGACAAAAAAAAUUGAAUAUAGAUGAUGAGACUGAUUUUGUGGAUCCACAAAUAUUGAAAGGAGUUUUGCAUUCUAAAUCAAUAUUUGAUGAUUUAGAUGGAGAAGAUAUGAGAAAUGCUCGAACUCGCAGUAAUCCUUAUGAGACCAUAGGAUCUGUGAUAUUUUUAAAUAGAGCAGCAGUAAAAAUGGCUAAUAUGGAUGCUGUUUUUGAUUUUAUGUUUACAAAUCCUAAAAAACAAGAUGGGAGCCCAGUACUUGAUAAGAGAGAAUUAUUGUACUUUGCUGAUGUCUGUGCGGGACCUGGUGGUUUCUCUGAAUAUGUAUUAUUUAGAAAAGGAUGGAAAGCAAAAGGUUUUGGGUUCACUUUGAAAGCCUCAAAUGAUUUCAAAUUAGGGGAUUUUUUUGCUGGACCACCAGAAACAUUCAACCCUUAUUAUGGUGAAAAAGAAGAUGGCAAUAUAUAUGAUCCAGCCAACUUGACUUCCUUGAAAGAAUAUGUUUUAAAACAAACCGAUGACAAAGGUGUUCACUUCCUUAUGGCUGAUGGAGGCUUUUCUGUAGAAGGUCAAGAAUUAAUACAGGAAAUAUUAUCGAAACAGCUGUAUCUCUGCCAGUGUUUAGCCGCCUUGAUGCUGGUGAGGACUGGUGGCCAUUUUGUUGUGAAGCUGUUCGACAUUUUCACCCAUUUUAGCGUUAGUCUUAUUUACAUUAUGUAUAGAUGUUUUGAGAAAGUUUGUAUUUUUAAACCAGUAACGUCGAGACCCGCUAAUUCUGAGAGAUACUUAAUAUGUAAAUGGAAAAAGUAUGGUACAGAGUCAGCGGAAAAACACUUGUUUUCUGUUAACUCAAUACUGUGGAGUAACAGUGGCGGCGAGGAGGAUGUCACAGAAAUGGUGCCCUUCUCGGUUAUCCAGGAGGAUAGAGAGUUUUACGAGUAUAUAUACAAGAGCAACUGUGUGCUUGGCGAAAGGCAAAUAAAAAAUCUAUUAAAAAUAGGGGAAUUCAGUAAUAAUAAAAGCUUGAGGGAGAAGAGUCAAGCAGAUAUGAAAACGCAAUGCCUGAAAUUGUGGCAACUCCCAGACAAAGUGCGCACGAAGCCGGAGCGGCGCAACGCGGACGAGACGCUGCGCCACCUGCUGCCGCGCGCCCACGACGCCACCACCUUCAAGCGCGGCGUGUUGGGCAAACCUCCGAGACAACUCGCCGCCGGGGACCUGCCCAACACCUUCGCCAAUGUGUUCGACUGGCACUUCACCUUCCUCAGCAGUGGGAAAGGGAGCCCCAACUUGAGGAUCUUUAUAGCAUGUGGAGGAAAACAAGUAUACCAGCUGGAAAAUGACACUUGGAGAAGUGUCGCCAACUUAAAUAUUACACUGCCUGCAAACACGCUUCUGUAUGGAGAGAUUGCCCGCGAGUACCGGGGGCUGGGCAAGAAGCAGGUCCAUAGUAAGGCUAUGCACGUCAUAGACGCCAUGACACUUGGCGGAGUCGAUAUCUCGUCUCUGUCGUUGACUGAACGCAUCAAUCAGUGUAAUAUGUUUUGCAAUGCUCUGGAGAAGCCGAGCAACACACAAAGCCUGCCAAUCAGAUGCAAACGGUUCUUCAACAUGGAGUCAUUCUCAAGUGCCAUCGCCAAUUUGGAAUAUCGGGAAAUGAAGAGGGCCACAAAAUCCCUAACAUUAGACAUACCCAAGCGAGAUGACAGGAAUGAAAUGUUCUACGAUGCCACAUCUAUACUUUUCAUAAAAGAAGUUAAAGAACCUUGGAUCGCACGAAUUUCUAAAACGUACAACUGUAAGUACUACUACUACAUGGGACCGGAUAAAAAAUCACAAAGUGUUUAUGUCAUUCCGGAAAAAGCACAAUUAGAUAUGAUAAGCGGUUAUACGGAGAGGGUCAUGUGGCACUGGGAAUCCCCUGCUGAGUUUGAAGGCCGGAUAGAAAGUAAACUAUCAAAAAUACACAUGGAACAGUUCAUUGAUGGACAGCUA